UCACACCAUUUAUUCACAUUUGGAAGUUUGGUUUUAAUUGAAGCCUCGACAUGGAAACUUGAAUGAAUCCCCGUCAGCUAUAAAUAAACCAAAGAGCCCCAUCACUUGUUACCAUGCAAAGGAAACUUGCCAAAACCUAGCAUAAUAGGAAGACUCCAUGGUUGUAAUUAUGAACAAAACCAUUGUUUCCAAAUUUGUAUGUCGGGCAUUGUGUACACAUAGAUUUCCCAACCUUUGUUUUUUUUCUAAUAGACCUUUAACUGUUAAGUGUGUGUACUGUAGCGUAGUAAAGAUGCUUAGUGACGGUGGCGAUGAAGAUGUGCAACCGCAGCGUAGUUUGUUCAUAGCCUCACGUUAACUUUUUACUUCCUUUUAAAUCCUUAAAGUGGUGUUCACCUGUGAAGAUUAACAAAACAUGUCAGCGGAGGAUUGUAUAGGCCAUUGCAACAGCAGUCACCAUGAACAACGGCUACCACCAGAGGCGAGGAGGCAGGAAGAGUCAAGGACCGCAAAGGGCACAGAUCACACAUCAGCCCAGCUGCAGCCAUGAUCUGAAAUGAAAGGAGCGUUCCUGGGGGAGUGCACAGCUCGUGGAGUGGAGGGUUGGAGAGAUGUGACUUGUAGCAAUGCCCCAGCAUAAUGUACAUGCCGUCUCUCGCGGACAGAGAGCAAGCAUGGAAGAUUUAGCUACAAAUAAAGCCUGUAGAGGAGCAAAUGGACAGUCCAAAACAGACGAAUCACCUCCUGCUGAUCACAGCGUUGACUCAUGCUGCGGAUCCUGGCUGAAAAACAUCAAGCUCGGGAUACCAGCAGCCUACAAGAAUGAAACGGUUCAGUUUUUGAAACUGGCAGGACCCGUGUUCAUUUCACAGUUGAUGAGCUUCCUGAUCGGCUUCGUCAGCAUGGUCUUCUGCGGCCACCUGGGGAAGACGGAGCUGGCGGGGGUGGCGUUGGCGAUAGCGGUGAUAAAUGUCACAGGUAUUUCCAUUGGCUGUGGUUUGGCAUCGGCAUGUGAUACACUCAUAUCUCAGACUUACGGGAGCGGUAACCUAAAGCGUGUAGGAGUGAUACUCCAAAGGGGGGUUUUAAUUCUGCUCUUGGCCUGUUUCCCCUGCUGGUCCGUCCUCAUUAACACUCAGCCCAUUCUGCUGGCUGUCAGACAGAGCCCAGAGGUCGCCAGACUCUCCCAGCUGUAUGUGAAGAUCUUUAUGCCGGCUCUGCCUGCCGCCUUCAUGUACCAGCUGCAGGGGAGGUAUCUUCAGAAUCAGGGCAUCAUGUGGCCUCAGGUGAUAUCUGGAGCCGUGGGGAAUAUAUUAAAUGGAAUAAUCAACUACAUCCUCCUCAGUGUUCUCGAUCUGGGGGUCGCUGGAUCUGCGGCUGCCAAUUCUAUCUCACAGUAUUGCUUGGCAGCUUUCUUGUUCAUGUACAUCUGCUGCAGGGGGCUGCACAAAGCUACAUGGGACGGUUGGUCAAGAGAGUGCCUGCAGGAAUGGGGUCCUUUCCUCAAGCUGGCCAUCCCCAGCAUGCUGAUGCAUUGUCUGGAGUGGUGGCUGUAUGAGAUCGCGGCGUUCCUGGCAGGCAUCAUCAGCGAGGUUGAGUUGGGGGCUCAGUCCGUGGUUUAUCAGCUGGCUGCGAUUGCGUACACGUAUCCAAUGGGCUUCUCCGUGGCUGCCAGCGUGCGGGUCGGAAAUGCUCUCGGUGCUGGGAACACGGAUCAAGCCAAGCUGUCCAGCAAGGUCUCCCUCAUCUGUGCAUUCACUGUCUCAUGUGUCUUCGGAGUUUGUCUCGGUGUUUCUAAGGAUGUCAUUGGUUACAUCUUCACCACAGAGAAAGACAUUAUUCAAAGGGUGGCUGAUGUCAUGAAGAUGUACGGUUUCGUCCAUGUUGCUGAAUCCUUCGCGGGCGUGAUAGGAGGUAUUGUCAGGGGAGCAGGGAAGCAGAUGGUGGGUGCUGUGGUUAACUUGGUGGGUUUCUACGUCAUUGGGUUGCCAGUUGGAGUGUCUUUGAUGUUCCCUGUUAAAAUGGGCAUUGUAGGGCUGUGGACGGGGCUUUUAAUAUCCGUUUUGACACAGUGCAUAUUUUUUGCACCUUUCCUGUGGAAACUAAACUGGAAAAAGGCCACUGAAGAGGCGCUGGUAAGAGCAGGAGUCGACAUCCAGGAGAGGAACAAGAUCUCUGGGAUAGAAAACAAGGCCCUUGACUUGGAUGAGAAGUCUGCCCAGAUUAAGACCAGCCGCUCCAGUUCUUUGAGUCCAGCGGAGGGUCAGCGGACCUCCGAUGACACGCCGCUGUCAGUCGGGCAGCUGGUGUUCCGAAGAGGCCUCGCUCUGCUGCUCAUGUUCGCCAUCCUCGCUGCUGGAGUCUUCAUCAGCGAGCUGCUCACCAGACUGCUCGGUUAAGACGAGCGCUUGUUAUUAGAUCACAUGUGCAGCAGGAAACAAAGCAGAUGCAUCGUCCUUUCUAGCAGUAAAGCAUUUAUCAGCCCCAAGAUGUUCUGGUCAAGUUCCUUCUGCAGCCUCAGAUUGGGGGCGUUAUAGGUAAAAAUACGAGAAGUAAUGAGAAGUAGCAUCCUCCAUUUUACAAUAGUCUAAGGCAAUCUAAGGCAAUUUGUAAUAAAUUCCAUUCUGUACUCCAAGAUCUACAGUUUCAUGCCACUUAUUUGUGGACUGAUAAUGGGAAGAUAUCUGCAUGCAAAUGACUGUUAAUUAAUGAGUUAAUGCAAUUAGGGGACAUUUUCAUACUAACUAAUUUUUUGCGCAGUUUUGAAUGCAACUUUGUAUUACAUGUCAGUUGUUUAGCUCUUUGUUGCUUCAUGUCACGGGCACUUCUGAUGUCAUUACCUUUGUCACGUUUUGGAAAGUCUAAGAGGGAACAUGACGUAAAUGAGGCAGCCAAUAAAAAGCGUCGCUGGAAAAAAAAAA